CCCCCCCCCCUGCAGUAGAGGAGGUUCCAUGUGCAGAAUGACGUCGCGCUGAAGUCCGACUGACUCCUUCGUUUGUUUUUAUUACUCUUUUAAUCUUGGACCCAGAAUCUGUAAUCUGUAAAUUUGCGGCCAUAAUGUGAGAUCUGCCGCUGUCGUCCGACCCGUGGCUGCCGUUCGUCCUGUCAGGAGCCGCGGCUCGCUGUAGAGGAUUUACUAGUGAUAAUACGCAGUAGACUUCUCCAGUGUGUCUAGCUGUCAAACUGAAAACUAUGUAUUGGAAAGAGUAGGCAGAACACAUUUGUUGAUAUUUAUUGACUUUGCUUUUUUGCGUGUCUUUUUUUGUCCUCUGGAUUAUCGCUGCCCAGCAACACGGCCACCUGACAACUCUGAAUGUCGUAAUUAAGGUGGAUCAAUGAGCCAGCAAUGGAGACCAAAAGAUACCAAAGUUUCUUUGAUGGAAGUAAUACAGAGAACAGAUGGGCGCAGGUCCCCAGCACCAUGGAGCACUGCUGCAGCACAGAGGAUUCAAGUCUGACUAGCAGUGAUAUCCUGAUGGACAUAGUCAAUGUGAGCUGCCCUGCUGGAAGCCCGGCAACCGACUGCAAAGACAACAAUACAAAGAAGCAGGAGCAGCCAAUCCUUCGGCUCAGCCAGAACCAGCCAUUUGUUCUCCCACAUUUCAACAACUCUGUCCAUGGUCAUAAGCAGGAAAUGGACUCUAAGGAGCUUUCCAAGACUGUGGCCGAGUCUAUGGGCCUGUAUAUGAAUGCUGCCAGGGAGGCGGACUUUGCCUUUAGCCAGCAUGGGGGCAGUACCAGCCCUGGGAAGAUGUAUCCAGUGUGUGGGCGGGCUCUAGAGGAGACCCAGUGUGGCUCCACAAAGAGCCCCAAGUUAAAGCCAUUUGGUUUCCAGCAGCCCAGCACCACUCCCAGAGAAUGCACCACUGGGACUCCCGUUAGUUCAGCCUCAAUGCUGGCCUCAUCUCUGUCCUGCAGCCCUCAGACCUCCAGCUCCAUCUCUAGCCCUGGGGGCAGCAACAAUAUGGUGUCGUCAACCACCAGCCCUCCUACAUGUUUUGGACCAGUGUGCUCGUCCGUCAGUAGUCCUGUCAGCCAGACGUCUUGUGCUGCAACUCUGGCCAACAUCAAGCGCAGGAAUUCAGCCACAUGUAGCCCCGUGGGGUCCAGCACGGUGGGAUCACCACCUCUCACCAGCCCGCUCAACGUCAUGAGAUCCCCCAUGUCCAGCCCACAGAGUAUGAGUAGUGUGAGAUCUCCUCCGUCCUGCAGCACUACCUGUAACAUUAGGUCAUCUGUCUCGAGCCCUACAGGUGGCAGCUGCACCAGCACUGCCAACAACUGCAACACAGCAAGGCCCUCCAUCUCCAGUCCGGCCGCAGGGGGUGCCAUGGCUGUCAGCAGCCCACAGAACCCCUCCUCAGGUGGGUUUCCCGUGUCCAGUCCUGCUGGCGGAUUGGGUUUGGUGCAGAAUGACACCAACAGCCCAGAAGCAGCAGGUCUGAGCAGAGACGCAGACUUCAAGAACUUUGAAUUUCCUAAAGUAGAGGUGGUAGACGGGGAGGUGUUCAACGUUGGUUUAGACCAGAUGGGCAUGGUUAAGUUCAUAAAGAACGAGCCUGGAACUGACUUCAGAAGCAUGUGUUUAGGCAGCUCCAAAUGUAAUGUGACUAGCACACCUUUUAUCACACAGAUUAAGAGCGAGCCAAACAAAAAUGAGGGAUGUAUGAACCAACAGCCCUAUGGUGAGCAGUCACCAUCUCUUAGUCACUUUCCUGCAUCUGAGACCACCUAUUUGUCCCUGAGGAAUAACAUUGAUGAAUACAGUCUUUCUGGUAUCUUAGGACCCCCUGUCGCCUCUAUGAAUGGGAACUAUGAGUCUGAUGUGUUCUCCAACAAUGUUCUGUCUAAAGGGGUUAAGCAGGAGACCACUGAUGGCAGCUAUUACCAAGAGAAUAACAGCAUGCCCACAUCGGCUAUUGUUGGAGUUAAUUCUGGUGGACAUUCAUUCCAUUACCAGAUUGGAGCGCAAGGAACAAUGUCUUUCACGCGGCAUGAUGUGAGGGACCAGUCCAAUCCUUUGUUGAAUCUCAUUUCGCCUGUAACAGCGUUAAUGGAGUCGUGGAAAUCUCGGCCGGGCAUGUCACAAGGGUCACUGUCAGCCAGAGGCGAGGGUUACCUGGGUCAGAACUGCAUCACGGACAGCAUGUCGAGCUCGCCACUGAGACAACCGUCCUCAACGGCCAAAGUGUGCCUGGUUUGUGGCGACGAGGCAUCAGGAUGCCACUACGGUGUCGUGACAUGUGGAAGCUGCAAAGUCUUCUUUAAAAGAGCCGUGGAAGGUCAGCACAACUACCUGUGUGCCGGGAGAAAUGACUGUAUCAUUGACAAGAUUCGAAGGAAAAACUGUCCGGCAUGUCGCGUACGGAAGUGUCUCCAGGCCGGGAUGAACCUAGGAGCACGGAAGUCCAAGAAGUUAGGGAAGCUGAAGGGUGUCAGCGAGGAUGUGCAGGGCUCUAAGGAUGGCCAAACUGCCACAGGUGGCGUUGGAGGUGGUUACCUGUCCUCAGAGAAGGAGCUCACAGCCAGCGCUGCCAAUGCCCUGGUGCCCCACGGGCCUGGGGUGGUCACACCUUUUCUGCCGCCCUCCAUCUGCAGUGUGUUGGAGCUGAUUGAGCCUGAAGACGUGUACUCUGGUUAUGACAACACACAUCCUGACACCGCUGACCACAUGCUGUCCAGUCUCAACCGCCUGGCCGGAAAGCAGAUGGUACGCAUGGUGAAGUGGGCCAAAGUACUUCCAGGUUUUCGGAGCCUGCCCAUUGAGGACCAAAUCACCCUGAUCCAGUACUCAUGGAUGUGUCUGUCCUCCUUUUGCCUCAGCUGGCGCUCCUACAAACACACCAAUGGACAGAUGCUCUACUUUGCCCCUGACCUCAUCUUUGACGAGGACCGCAUGCGGCAGUCAGCCAUGUACGACCUGUGUCUGGGCAUGAGGCAGGUGAGCCAGGAGUUUCUACGACUACAGCUAACCUACGACGAGUUCCUCUCCAUGAAGGUCCUUCUGCUUCUCAGCACAGUUCCCAAAGAGGGUCUGAAGAACCAGGCGGCGUUCGAGGAGAUGAGGGUUAAUUACAUUAAGGAGCUCCGGCGUUCAGUGGGAAAAGCAACCAACAACUCUGGCCAAACCUGGCAGCGCUUCUUCCAGCUCACCAAGCUACUGGACGCCAUGCAUGAUCUGGUGGGGAACCUGUUGGACUUCUGUUUCUACACCUUUCGUGAGUCCCAGGCCCUGAAGGUGGAGUUCCCUGAAAUGUUGGUGGAGAUUAUCAGUGACCAGAUACCAAAGGUGGAGUCAGGCCUCACUCACACAAUCUACUUCCACAAGAAGUGACUCACAUAGCAGUCGGGACAGAAGCGGCAUAAAUAACUGGAAGAGAGGAGGAAGAAGUUCAAGAAGAGAAAAUGUGCGAAAAAAGGCCAGACCAGUUGGCUUGCACCCGGUCGCCCAGUAUGCCAACGUCCUCACCUUGGAUGGGAAAAGUCAAGUGACAUGGUGACAGAAGUAAAAAGGGGAGAACUGAUUUGACCCUGCAGUCACCACGAGGGUGGUCAGAGCUGUGAAUAGUUCGUGGAGCCGAGCGCAACACGCUGAGGACUUGAGAUAAAUGUGACAAAGCAUCCUGAAGUACCCCACCCCGUGCCCCCCUUGCCCCAAAGACGAUAACAGUAUUUUCUAUGGAGAUAAAGCCAUACAGUUCUUAGGAUGCGCUAGAUACAGUCACUGCGUUCGCACACACACACACACACACACACACACACACACACACACACACACGUACGCGCACACACAAGUAGAGGGAAAUUGAUACACAUGCUGUCCACAUGCCUUCACACAAACGCACAGAUGCACUCCACAUGCACUAAAAUCAGAUUCCCUUACAAAUCUAGAGAGCAAGUUUUUGCAAAUAUUUAAUGUGGCUUAUGCAGUCUUUCACAAAUAAUAGCACUAUGAAAUUAUAAAAAGAUAUGCUAAUACUUAGAUUUCGCUUUGCAGUGUAGCAGCAUACUGCAAGACUACAGGGCAAAGGACAUUAUGAGGAGGCAGAAAUUCUAGACGGUAAGGCGAAGGUCUAUUUGAAUAUAAUCCAAGGGCUAUACAAGCAUCAUCAUAAGUUGAAUAGUUACAUUAAAUUUAAAAAGUCCAACUUUGAAUCUCAAUCAGUGUCAUAACAGCCAUCAUUAACAUUCACAUACUGAGUUUUUUUAAUUAAAUUAUGUAGUAAAACAAUCAAAACUAAUAUGCAAAAGUCCAAAGCUAAAGCUGUUAAAUUAAAAAAAAAAGUCUCUCUUGUGUAAAGAAAGCUUGCACAUGAAGCUCCCAUGUCAUAAAGUCAUUAUUUUAGGCAUUGUUGUGUAGAAUUAAGACAAUAUUGAUGAGCGAUUUUACCUUUGUGCAAAAAUGGUCAGGAGUGUCGCAGGAUGGAAAACAUCAUGCAUUUACGGAAACGAUUUCAGUAGAGUCCGCUGGUAAUGGAUUUGACUGAGGUGCAUCCAUAGUAAUUGUGUUUUGUGUUAUCUCCAGAGCAGCUGUCCAAAUGUCUGUUUUUACUCACAAUGAAGCAAAACCAGCCCUUUGUGAACCAACACUUAUCUACUCUUCCCAGAAUUAAUGAAAAGCGUUUUAUAAAAGUGUGUUGCAAAGGUUUAGUUUUUGACAAGCCAGUCAUUUUUCAUUAAGGUGCUUCAUUUUUACAAAGCCAGGCAAAGCAUAACAUGUACAGUAACGCGUAGACAGUCCAUACUGUACAAUACACUUAUAUGGACAUGCAGUUUAAACACACAUACUCUGUAAAGUUGAUAUAAUCCAAAAUGGAGCAUUACUCUGCAGUGCUUACAGCAAACGGCUAAUGUAUCAAAAACCAGGCGGAUGUGUAUAGGUAUUAACAAAUUCUUAAACACAUUCUAUUCAGCGGUUGUACAGAAGAUGUUUUGAGGUACAUGUGGAUGAAUGCUUGAUGAAGAACUGUUGGUACUGUAUUAUCAUAUUUCCUAAUUUAGUGUAUUUCCUUACUCUAAUCUUUGGGCCAAGUACUACUAUUUUAGGUAUGGCAGGCCCAGUCGUCUGGACCAUUAACUAGUCUCACACCCCACUGGUUUUUGGGUAGUUGUGGAAUACUACUAUGAUGCUACUGAAAAGCGAUAGAGCCGCUAGAGGAGAAAAACAGUGGGGGCGUGUGAUUAUUUGUUUUGUUUUUUGUGCCCUGUGAGUGUGUAUUUACAUUUGUGUGUGUGUGUGUGUGUGUGUGUGUGUGUGUGUGUGUGUGUGUGUGUGUUUUUUCUGGCAAGCAAGCAUGUGCAUAGUUGAUCUGCUCUUUCAGUGUGGGUAUUAUGCAUUUUAUGUUAUAGGAUUAGCCAUAUCCUAUUUCCACAUUUAGAUUUGCACAGACGAGAUACAAUGUGAAAUGAGGCAUUAGUGCAGCUAGCAGGAAUUGUCUGUUUUGAUAAGCAACUAUGAUGAUGCAGGAAAAUACUUUCUGCAUGGUCACCCAGCCUAAAGUUAGACAACAUGACAUCAUUAGCCCAGCUGGGUGCUGGUGUAAUGUAUUUGUGGCCUCGGCUCUCGUAAUAAUGGCUCUGUGGUACACUACGAGGUCUCUUCUGUGGCGGUAAUUGUGUAAAGAUUGGUGUACAAAGAGACGGAGGUGGCAUGAGCACAGCUGUCAUUAGGGACUGUUCGCAAAUUAUCCUGGGGGUUCAGAAAAGGGGGAGGUUUAUGUAUUUUUAAUUUUGGCUCAAGGGAGGGUAGUCUAAAUUUGUUGGGAGAGUAGGGGGAGGGUGUUUCAACGUCUUCUCAUCCCAGAAUGAUAUGAUUUUCGUUCAUUCUGGGUUGAAAGGAUUGUGCUCAAGUCUAUCAGUUUUCAUGAUGAUUUUUCUUAUCAGUGGUUUUUAUUGACCCAGCCGUUUAGCAGCUCUUUUUUCAAAAAUAGAGAAUGUAGCUGUAUUUUCACUAUUUUGUUAUGCUUGCCAUAAACAUGAUUUUAAUUUAUUGAUGGGGAGGGUCCAAACUAAAUAUUUAUAAUGCUGUGUUAAGUCCCCCUGCCUAAUAGUUUUCAUCAGUCUCUUGUCAGAAAGGCCUCAUUUCACAAUCUGUCUUUGUUGUGCAUUAUUGUGUUGUGAAGGACUUAAGCUAAUCUCUCUCUGUUUCUUUAUUUUUGCCCCCUUUUUUGUCCUUUUUAAAGAAUAAAAAACUGUCUAAAGGUUCAUAGGAUGAAUGGGAAAGUAUUUUUGAGAGAAUUAUAUUUUGCUGGAAAACAAUAUUUAAGUACUUUGUCUAAAAAUGAUAUCCUUUUUGUAAAAUGAAAUGUUAAUGCAUGCUUUUUGAUGAGACGUUUACAUUGUAUUUAAAAAAGGGAAACUUGUGCCUUUUUAUCUCACCUGAUUUACAAUUUUACAGUAUAUAUUGUAAAUAAUACAGCAAGUCCUUAUGUUGAGUAUAGUAUAAAAACAUUUCUACUUUAACCAUCUUGUUGGAAUAUUGGAAAAAUGUGUUUCCCACUCUCUAUGUUCUGUGUGUUGGAUCACAGAGAAGAAUUUACAGUAAGGGUCAGUGCCAGAAAGGGCCAAAUAGAGAAAUGAAUGUAUCAUACAUUGUGAGAGACUUAUGGAACUUACUACCUGAAUGUUAGAGAGAGUACAUUUAUUAUCUACUUAUUAAGUAAAGUUAUUUGAUUUUGCAUCUUUUUUUUUUUAUUUUUACUUUUUGCAUUGUUCAAGUGGCUCAAACAAAAAAAAAAUAAUCAAAAGGUAUUUCUUAUUUUGUAACAAGAUGUAUCAAGUGAUGGAUCCUUGAGUUGUUGCUGUUGAAAUGAUUUCCUAACCCAUGGCGGUAAUGUUGAUGAGCACCACAAUAAAAUCCAGAAAUCACAAACUACUGAAACUGGGAUACGUGAAAGAAAGUUCUUGACUUUUCAGUUUUAAAAUAAACUUAAUGCACACACAAAACAAAAACAAAUGAUGGAUGUAGAGAUUAGACCUGAGGUUUGGCCAAUUCAAAUUUGACUUAUUUCGAGUUCCAGUUGUUAACUGGACAUAUUUCACUUACUGCCAAAAUACAUUUCAAUCAUAACAGAAACAAAUUUGUCCCAAAGAAUGGUAAUGUAAAAAUUUUCAAAUCUAUACACAGAUAAUUACGACAAUGUUAUCAGUAAUGUUCUCAAGCCCUUGUGUGAACCUUCUGCACUCCGGAAAUAAAGGCUUUGACUAGUUCAACAUUUUGGGGAGUACGCUUGUUCAUUUUCUUGCUGAGAGUUAGAUGAGAAGAUUUAUGUCACUCUCAGGUGUGUAUGGUAAAUAUGAAGCUACAGCAAGGAGACUGUUAGCUUUGCUUAGCUUAGCAUAAAGACUGGAAGCAGGGGGGAAACAGCUAGCCUGGCCCUGUCCAAAGGUAUAAAAAAAGUCCCAUGUACGAGCACCUCUUAAACUCAAUAAUUAAAACGCAUCUCAUUUGUUUCAGUAGAAAAGGUGUAAAAAUGUUGUUGUGAUGACGUUGUAGUUUUAUGGGGGGUUAUGUGCCAGACUGUUGGGAAAGUCACUGCUCUUGGCCAAUAAAUAGUCCAGCACAUAGAUAGAUUGAUUCAUUUGACAUUCUUAAAAUACACAUAAUACUGCUUCACCUGCAGACAGUUGUCACAUACGCCAUACAAACUGUCGAGGAUUAAUAUACACAAUAAAUAAGGAUACAUAAAUAAAUACACAAUAAGGAUUAAUAUACACAAUAAAAAGCCCACAGGUUUACUUAUAAGCAGAUUUUGUAACCUUUGUACGGAUCCAGGCUAGCUGUUUCCUCCGGUUUCCAGUCUUUAUGCUAAGCUACGCUAACUGGCUCCUGGCUGUAGCUUCAUACCAUACCAUACCAACAUGAGUGAAAUCAAUAUUCUAAUACAAUUCUCUGCAAGAAAGCUAAUAAAUGUGUUUCCAAAAAUGUUGAACUAUUCCUUUAAAAGAAACAAAACGUAUCCAUUAAUCACCACCUUCUGCAAAUACAAAAAAAACCUUCCCUCGACUUGAGGGAGCAAUGUUAUCUUCAAAGCUGUCUCCUUCUAAACAAACUGCUUUUUGGCACGAAUGACUCAGAAUGUGUUCAACUGCUGUUACAUAGUACACUUUCUAUCUAUCGCGUCACUGUGUGUGGAGUCACGUCAUUGCCAUUUUCUGUUCACGGUGAUGAAUCGGGUGUAGAGAGACUAAGCCAUAUCUCCACAGCCAUGGCAGUGCAUUUCUUAUUACUAUAUAAAUAUAUACAAAUGCUUUUUUUUCCAAUUCCAAAAAUGACUUUUUACUCAGAUGCUUUGUACAAUAUUUCUCUGCAACUAUCCAGCAAACAUACAGUAGACAUCCUUCACCAUAAACCAAUAAAACCAGUUACUGUAUAUCUUGAUGCAGAUAUUGCCAUACUUGUGUUUGCAAAACUAUUGCAAGAUUCUAAUAAAACUGUUCAAUUCAU